AUGGUGGGUUAUCAGCAAUUCGAGCACGAUCCAGCGACGCGAGAUCUCUUUAGGAACAGAAUCACAACACUCAACGGGUUUCGCGAAGUUCUCGAGGACUCAUAUUUUCUCGCCCUCGACACAGAACAUGUUCCAAUCGCUAGUGCAAGUGACCGUGUUCUCCACCAAGUUGGACUGGCGUUCACCAAGACACUAAAUUCGAGGCAUCCUCCAUGCCCACCACGGGAACGUGGAAUGAUAAGGCCAGUACGACGCCUUUAUCAUUUCGUCGAAGAUAACGAUAUGGAAGUGCUCACCUUUAAUAUCAAUACGAGCCAGAAACUUGGAGAUGAAGUUCCUCGCUUCGGCGGUCUUCAAGGCAUGCCUAUUCGCCGCCCCCAUCGCUUUGGCGAGGAAACGUCUCUGUCCAUUGAGAAUUUAGAGCCCUCUGUCGUGGAGUUCCUAUCAAAGUUACCUAAGGACAAGAAACUGGUACUCGUGGGCUUCGGAAUGGGAACAGAUUGGACUUACCUAUCGACAAACUUCCCAGCUGCCAUACCCUUCUUCUCAGCCUGGAUAGAUCUUGGCGACAUCGUGGUGGAUAUCACCUCCUCACCGGCUUCACGAUACCCAAGUUUGGAAUUUUUAAUACAGACAUUUGGCUACUGGUGGAAAGACGUCAAGCCUGGGAGGGGAUGUCGCAGCGAAGGCAAUGCCGACAAUGCUGGCGACGAUGUCGUGACAACACUUGCUCUGGCACAAUCUCUUCUCGAGGAGAGGAACCACAGCACACUCCUCUUCGAACAUACGUGUUUCAGAAUAGCUAGCUCGGGCAAGAUUAGGACUUUUUAUGAUCCGGCCAAGUGCUUCGCCGCAACCAUCAGAAGUAACGGACUGCUCCCGAUCAAGAUUUCCACGGGUAUCAGGAUUGCGCGAAAAUUCAUCGACUUCCAUCCAGUUGGCACUGGUCUCUUUUCUAAUGAGUUGGGAUACGUCACUUUUCGAAACCAAGAGGAGCUUGAUCACUUUAUUAGCUGUGUGGAUGGGAUGGUGCUGCAUACGGGCGAGACCCUCUCUGCUCAACGGUAUAUCCAGGUCAAUACAGAGACGCCGGAGGACAAGAAGUUGAAAGAAGAGAAGCGCAUAAUGAGAGGGAAGAAGAGGGAAGAAGAUGAGGAGGAAGUUGUGGAGUUGAGGAAUCUCUUCUCUUGA